AUGACUGGCGUUGUGAGUUUUCAGUUUGCCAAACAGUUCGCAAGAACAUUCAGUUCUGCUGAGGUAUUGAACAAAUGCAAGAUCUCCAUAGUCAAACCAGUGCAUCAUCUUGUUCCAAUCAGCAAAGCCAAAUUAUCUAAAAGGUUUGAGGGCUUGAAGUACGAGAAAACAGAUAUAAGAUCAGUGGGAUUCAGACCUGUUGAAACAGAGCCAGAUCGAUUCAAUGAUUAUUACGAAAAUACCUUGAAACCAAACUUGCUAUUGAUGACAUUUGACGAUGGCUUCGAAGUAAUCGAAGGUAAAAAAAGAAGAUCGUGGGAUGGCUCUUCGUCUUAUCACAUUCACAGAGAAAAGAAGAAACCCAAGGGAGUAGUCGUUCCAACAAGAGACAUCACACCCUAUACUAUCGACAACUUGCCUAAAAUUGAAUCGCUAGUUAUUAACUGCUAUGCUAACGAAUCCUCCCAAUUCCCCAACCAUCCGAUUGUCGCCCAAUUGCUAUUGCAGCAGAUUACAAAUGUCAGACCAAGGAAAAUCUACUCGAGAUCGGAUGUCGUUACAUGGAAGAUUCGUCGUAACACACCCAUGGGUGCCAAAGUGGAAUUGAAGGGAAAGUAUCUCUCGCAGUUCCUAUCAACACUAACCGAGCUUGUUCUUCCAAGAGUCAGAUCAUUCAACGGAUUGGACAACAAAAAAGGUGGCGACAGGUCUGGAAACAUCUCCUUUGGUCUCACCUCUGAGGACGUCAGAUACUUUCCAGAGAUCGAAGCCAACCAGGACCUAUGGCCAGUGGUGUUUGGAAUGAACUUCAACAUCAUCACCUCUGCCCAAACCGACAACGACGCCAGAUUGCUCUUGAGUGGAUUGGGCUUCCCAUUCAAAAAGAUAGCAGAGAGCCAGCCCACUGCCUAG